AUGAAACGUGUGACCAGAUGAAACAUUUAUAUUGCACGGGGUCUGAUAAAAACCGAUGCUAUGAUGAAGUAGCUAAAUCAAAGCAAUGUCGAACCACUCGCAUUCGUGCUCGGGUCACUUUGCAACUCCGUCCGUACACCAGACUCUUGACGAGUUGGAUUUCAGAAGAGGGAUAUGGACGUCAGCACUAGAUGGAGAUGUUGACGAGGUCGAGAAACAUUUAUCGAAAGGAGUGUCUCCAAAUCUUACUGAUAAUUCUGGUUAUACAGCUCUGCAUUAUGCAUGCAGACAUGGGAGGAAAUCAGUAUGUGAAUUGCUUCUGAGACACGGUGCUAAUGCCAACUCCAUGACUAAAUCUGGAAGAGUUACUCCCCUUCAUCGAGCUGCAUACUGUGGACAUGAGGAGAUUGUCUCCCUUCUGUUAAAAAAUAAGGCAGAUCCAUUGAUUCAGGAUGUUGAUGGCAAGACAGCAUUACACAAGGCUGUCGAAGAGGGGAAAACUGGUGUGAUGAAACUGAUAGUGACACACUGUCCUAGUUGUACCACUGUUCUGGAUUGUAAAAACAAGAAACCUGCAGAUUACAUAUCUACAGAGAAACAAGAAAACAUUGCAUUUCUUAAUGAAGCUGAAAACAAGAGCAAAAUGGAGAGAAAUACAUGAGAGUGCGAUAUUCUUGUUUAAGGGACAGCAGUAAAAAGUACACAUGUUAUGGAACACUCCUGUCGCACACAUGUGGGAUAUACUCUAGUGCUUGAGCAAUUACCAAAAUAAAAUAUUCUGCAUGCAUUAUUUGGUUUGAUGCUCCCACCACCCAACAGACUAUUGAAUGUAUUUAAUUAUAUAUUCAACUAUCACAGAAUGAAUUAUGUUGCGGAAAGUUUUUUAAAGCCAGAUGUUGUUAAAAACAAAUUUGUAUAAAUAAAAGUGAUAUUUUUCAGAUGAGUUGAAUGUAAUUUCUCGAAAUUCAAGCUGUAUAUCUUCAGUGUUAAACAUUAUACAAUUUGUAUACCAUGCUAGUUUUGUAAAAUGUUAUAUGUAAAAGCAAAGUCAUUUAUCAAGCUUUAAUAGAAAUAUUACUUAUAAUUUUCAGCAAAAAUGGUGACACAAACAAAAUAAAGUGGUAUUAAACAUCAGCAGUGCCAGCCCUACUGCCAUAUUAUAGGUCAUAGCUUCAAAUAUUAGUGUGAGACAUAUUUCCAGCAUGACUUUAUCCAAGAUACAUUCACUUACAAACAGUAAUAUGAUAUGAUGUCACAGCGGCAAUGCUAAUAGCCAGGUCCUAAUAUUAAUACUUGACUUUCUCUUUCAGGUCCUGGCACAUCAAUAUUGUAUAACAAAAGCAUUAUCGUUAUGUUGUAAGAUACAACAAUGCAGUUACUUAGGAUUAUGAUUCUGCACAUAUAAUAGUUAUUGGUUCUAUUAUUAUUUAGAGAACAAUAAAGAAAAUACGAAAAGAAAAAAUGAUGUAAUGAUAUUAAAGGUAAAAUAAUAUAUAUAUAUGUAUGUCUCAGACAUUUUAUUUGUUAUUAUGGCGACCUGCAAAACUACACGUAAAGUCCUCCGUGAGUUAGCCUAUAUGAAUAAUUCAUAAUUUGCACAGCAAAACACACUGAAGGUUAUUGAAAACUCCAGAUUUUUUUUACAUCUGAUCCUUAAAUCUGAAUGUAAGUGCAUGCAAACAGGUCUGUAGUAAACAUUUUAAAAACGAAUAGACAGUAAAUCAGUUGCGUUUGAGCACUGUAUGUGCUCUAAUCCUAAUCCAGAUUUAUCAAAAGCAAAUUUAAUUACCUCAAAAAAUUGUAACCACUUUUAGGAUGAUCUCUAAACAGAUAAUCAUCUACAUGUACAUGUGUGAAGAUCGUUUUUGACCCAGCACAAAUCCUGUGUCAGUAUUGAAACAAGUUUCUACACUAUCGAUGUAGCAGUAUACAACAUCAGGUGUUCAAACUCUCUUGUCUAACAACCAAGAAAUCCACUUCUGUAUAUUAUUUAGUUAGCAAUGCUUUUUAAAUUAUUUUUUUAAUCUUUAGAUACACACAAUGUAUACACUAUUUGGUGAGACGAUCAGUCGUGCCAUUACCGAUCUCGAGUUUGGCUGAAUUAUUUUAUGUAACAGAAGGGACUAUUAAACGUCAGAAGCGAAACCUGUACAACUGGAUGUUCGCACGACAAAAACACUCUUUACCAAUGAUUAAGGUGUACGCCUGAAAUAGGUAUUAUAUAAGGUGAACUUGUCAGUUAAAUAAGGUUUUAUACUCAAUAAACUGGAAUGUUUGGUGUGAAAAGCA